GUCUACAAUUUUGCGAUCAGUUAUACGAAUUGCUUAUUAGCGAGCUUUGUUGCGUGUAUAUCAUAAGGUAUAUUAAUUAUUGUAACUGUGAUGUAUUUCCGUUAUAUGAUAAUACUAUUAUAAAACAUUGUGUAUCAUCAAUGAAAUUUAUAUAUUAAAUUUCAAUUUUUCUGUCGUGUAGAAUUUUAUGUAGUUGCAGUUAAUACUUUAUUUUAUGAUAAAUAAAAUAGUGUUAUGCUAAUUGUUAAUUACUAAAACAGCUUAACUUAACGUUUUUGUUAUUGAUAAUUUACUAUCGCUGUGGCGCGCGAGAUUACAACUGCACGAAGGACACUAAAUGGUGGACCAGACUUACCCGGUAGUAAUAAUCAUUGGAAAUAAGUGUACCGGUUAUAAUAAGUAAUCGCGCGGUACACGGACACGUUACUUAAUUCUUGUUUUACCCUGACUGUUUCAUCGAUCUAGAGAAUUUUAAAAACUAUGACAACGUUCUAAUCAAUAUUUUUAAGUAACUUGACAAUUGUUCAUAGAACACUUAAUGUGAAAUUUACGGACUUAAGAUUCUUGACAGUAAUUUUUGAUAACUCAUCAAGCAUAUUAAAGAAAGAAAAUGUAUAAUAAAGGAAAAAAUGCAGCUGUACCUUCUGAUGCCCAAGCUAGAGAAAAGUUGGCUUUGUAUGUAUAUGAGUAUCUACUACAUAUUGGAGCACAAAAAGCAGCUCAGACUUUUUUAAAUGAAAUAAGAUGGGAAAAAAAUAUUACGCUUGGUGAACCUCCAGGAUUUUUGCAUUCUUGGUGGUGUGUUUUUUGGGAUUUAUAUUGUGCAGCUCCUGAAAGGCGAGACUCGUGUGAACACUCAAGUGAAGCAAAAGCUUUUCAUGAUUAUGGUUUUGUGAAUUCAGGUUAUGGAUUAAAUGGUUUGCCUAAUAAUGCUGGGCCAGCUCCAAGUCCUCUUGGUCAAAUACCUCCAAAUGAUGGAAUGUCUAGUGGACCACUAUCUGGAGGAUUUUUCCCAAAUUCAUCCAUGAGACCAUCACCUCCACAACAAUCUCAAGUUCCCUCACAAAUUUUAGCCAAUCAGCCUUUUAUGGGCCCUCGUUUUCAAGGGGGUCCUAGACCAGGAAUUCGAAUGUCACCGCUUGGAAAUGAUUUUAAUUCCGCUACUGGCCAACCAUUGAUGCCUGGAAUGGAUCCAUUAAGACAAGGAGCUUCUAGCAUGGGACCUAUAAAUCCACGAAUGAACCCUCCGCGAAGUAUGGGUCCUUUGGGUUCUUAUGGAGGACCUGGUAUGCGAGGACCACCUCCAAAUGCUACUUUAGGAUCAAGUAACAUGCCUCCAAUAUCAAUGAGUGGUGGUCCUAUUGGAAGACCAUCACAUUGGCAGUCAAAUUUGAACACGCCAAUGGGUUAUUCAUCAUCGUCAUCUCCUGGUGCAUAUGGUGGACCUUCAGGAUCAGGUGGCCCUCCAGGCCCUGGAACACCUAUAAUGCAAAGUCCUCAAGAUUCUUCCAACUCUGGAGGUGAAAACAUGUACACUAUGAUGAAACCAGUGACUAGUAUGUCUAAUGAUUUUCAAAUGAACAAUGUACCAGACAGUGGGUCACUUGGUCCAAUGGCACCAAAUUCAAUGAGUUCUGUAUUAAAUGGAGAUGGGCUUGAUGGUAUGAAAAAUUCCCCAGGACCUCCUGGAACCCCUAGAGAAGAUAGUGGUAAUGGUAUGGGUGAUUAUAAUCUUGCAGGCUUUGGAGGAACAGGAGAAAAUGUGAUUGGUCUAGACUUAUACUAAAAGCACGAUCAAUUUUUUUUUUUACAAAAUAAGUUUAUAUUUUCCAAUUUAUGAAACAACAGAAUAAUAAGUUUAUUCUGUUGUUUAGAAAUGU